AUGCAAGUAUCAAGCAGCGAGUCCAGGCGUCAGGGACUGAGCGCAGAUGUUCGCAGAUACGGCGACGCACUGAGCGUCCUCGGACCCGACGGGCCCAGCAGAGUGCAGAACAUGUCCCGCAGGAUUGACGCCCUCGCGGAGCAGAUGACGAGUGGUGGCUGGGAUGACGUGGCGCUGAGUAUGAACGGCCUGCAGGCGAGGGUCGCGAGUAUUGAAGGCAGAAUAAACGACCUCAGCAACGUGGCAAGUCGCCUGGAUGCCCUCGAGCUCUACAGGGGCACGGCCGGCAACUCUUCCGGUGGAGACGACGGAGGCUUAGCAUCCAGGAACACGCGAAAUAUUCGGUGGCUGCGCCGACGACUCACGACCAUGCAAGAGCUCCUGGAGAAGCGUGAGUGCAACAGCCUGCCUUGUUCCAGGGGCGGCACCUGCAUCGACCUGUACGACGGUUUCCAGUGUCUCUGCCGUCCGGGCUGGACAGGGAGCACUUGUGACACAGACGUCGACGAGUGCAUGGAGUUCAGUGGCACUGACUUGGGGUGCCAGAACGGAGGAACUUGUGUGAACACUGAUGGAGGAUACCGCUGCACCUGCCCUCCCAGCUGGUACGGCAGCCACUGUACCCUCAAAGAGGACACGUGCACAACCGGCAGCGCCUCAACCCUCUGCGACCACGGCGACUGUUACCCUCAGCCUUCCGAGGGCCGCAGUUACACUUGCAGGUGUCAUCAGGGCUGGACGAAAGCGCCCGGCAGCAACACCUGCUCUCAGGACGUCGACGAGUGCGCUGUCGGCCGUACGAACCACUGCUCGGCCAACCCUGCCGUCAUGUGCAUAAACUUGCCUGGCUCCUACACGUGCGCUCCCUGUCCUGCAGGAUACACGGGCGACGGCUUCAGAUGCACCGACGUGAACGAGUGCGAGGUGUUCAACGGCGGCUGCUCGCUCAGCCCUCGUGUCCAGUGCAUCAACGAGCCUGGAGGCUAUCGCUGCGGCACGUGUCCUGCUGGGUACGAGGGCGACGGCCACACGUGCACACUGCGGCCCCGGCCGUGCCUGCAGCGCCCCUGCCACCACCUCGCCUCCUGCAGCGACGCUCUGCAGCACAUGUUGCCCGACUACUACCAGUGCACAUGUCCCCCCGGGUAUGCGGGUAAUGGUAUCGGACCGUUCGGGUGCUCCCUCAUCUCUGGUGGAGGUGCCACUGACCCCUGCGCCAACAACCCUUGUGUACAUGGCACCUGUCUUGCCAACGGCAACGCCUUUGUGUGCCACUGCUCACCGGGCUACACUGGUGUUCGAUGCGAGACGAACGCGGACCCCUGCAGCAGUCGGCCGUGCCUCAACGGCGGCACCUGCAGCAGCGCUGGGAUAUCCUUCUCCUGCUCCUGUCCUCAGGCCUUCACCGGCCCCACCUGUGCAGAACGGGCACAAAGUUGCGGCGGCGUUCUCACAGGUAUGGGAGGGAUCGUCCACUACCCAAGUCCGCACAUCGAAACUUACGACCACAACAUCAGCUGCGCCUGGAGGAUACAAGUGCCCAGCACUAAAGCCAUCAACGUCACACUGCACAAGUACUACUACUGCGGUGUACAGUACUUAGGUACAGUGUAG